UUUACUAAAGCAGCAAGUAGCCGCCGGUUCGUAGGCUGUGAGUUUUUGAUCGGUGCACCAAAGUCACACGCGGGUACGUUGACAUAGUUGAAGUGCGUGUUUCAGAUGAUACGUGUUUGCAUGAUUGAACAGGAAAACAUAUCGAUAUCGGCGCGGUAGAAGUGCAUACGCAUCUAUUAUGAAUUGCAUAAUUAUGGUGCUUUGAAAUAACAGCGGUCGAUCUAUUCGCGAAAGUGCGAUUGAAUGAUUUGAACUAUGUGAAGUGCGUGAUUAAGGUUUCAUAAAUACGUAGAAAAUGUAGAAUUUUAUUCAAGAAAAAAAUGAAGGAGAAAGCUGCACGACGGAAAGAAGAAAUACUCACGCACAAUAGCGGAAGUUAAUCUCAACGUCCGUUUCAGUCGAGUCGGUUUCAACACUUUUUACAAUAAUUAACGAAUGUCUUAGUUCUACUACAUAAUGCAAUUGCCGCGGACAUUCUUGCGCUUUGGUUGCUAUUUCUUGGUAUUGACACUUGUCACAGUGGCCGGUCAAAACGAACCUCUUUUCGAACUUCCGGUGCAGUUGAUCGGUUUUCCGGUAAUUAUAGCAAGUGUAAGAAUCGCCAACUUCCUCAAGAAGCUCGCUUAUGCUUUAAAUCCAGAUACUUAUGUCAGUCGAGUGAAACGAGCACAUCCUUUGAUACACGACGAAGAGAUUUUAGACGUCAACCAAGUCGAAAAGAAGCUAGUAGCUGAGCUCGGAAAUAACGUUUGCAUCUACGAGAAAAUUUGUGUCAAGUACGCAGAACGAUCUCUUCAAAGAAGAAGUUGGGAACGCGUUCUUAAUUGGAACGAAGUAUUCAGGGAGUACAAGUCAUCGUCCAACUCGAUGAAAGAGAAUUACUUGCUGAGCGUCUUUAUGGGCGACAUUAUUGGCAGUCCGAAGCUAUGUCACUUAUUGGCAAAGAGAGGCAGAGCCUGCGAUAGUAGUUUGUUCGAUAAGACGCGAAGUACUAGAAUCUUUUAGUUAAAUCAUAAAUCUUGAUGCCAUAAACUUUAAAUAU